AUGUUCACCAUCCCCCGUCAUAGGUUUCUGGACCCAGCAUCAGCAGCUGAACCGAUUUUAUCAGACCCCUGUCUCGGCAAACCAGCCCUGAGGUCCUUGCCCAUUUCUGCCACCGUCGCUGACGCUUUCGCGGCCUUGAAAAAUACCGACGACAACUUCAUCAGCGUAUGGGACUGCGUCGAUCACUCGGCCAAGGUUGAGUUUGGUCACGACAACGUCGGCGUUGGCUGUGAGUGCCGUUGCGUUGGCAAGGUGUGCAUGGUGGAUGUGAUAUGCUAUCUUUGCAGGGAUGAGAAUCUGUUUUCUCCUUCUGCUACCCUGAAGGCGCCUGUUUCUGCAAGCUCCAAAAACGUGAAUCUAUUGUGGGAAGCCAUCGAUCUGAUUCUGCCAGGAGCCCAGAACCUUGUGGUACCGAUACAAACCAAACUAAGCAGCUAUUCAAGAAGAAAACAGCUCCAAAAACCCUCGACCACCGGCCCUACUACCAUCCACAACGGCCGCGAAUUCUGCUGGUUGACUCAAGAGGACGUGAUCCGGUUCCUUCUCGGCUCCAUCGGGCUCUUCUCCCCGCUCCCGGCGCUCUCUGUUGACACUCUUGGCAUUAUCACCACCGACAUCUUAGCCAUUGACUAUUACUCCCCUGCCUCUUCGGCAAUUGGAGCUAUAUCCCGCUCUCUCUGUGAGCAGACUUCAGUGGCUGAUUCUGUUUUUGUAUACCUUUAA